AUGCUGCCUCUUAAAAUUGAUUUUAGGCUCACACCUUCUCAACGUGCAGGUGCUACAAGUUCAGAGCCUCCUCGAAUAAGCAGAAAUACAGUAGAAUUUGGCAAAAAAGUAAGGCUUAUAAAAAAAAUUCCUGAAAAAAUCAAGACAUAUGAGACAAUUAAACAUGCCAGUUAGGGGCAGCACUCAAUUCCUGCAUCCGAGAUUAUUGAGAUAAGUCCACGACUUCUUGAGAAUUUCGGCUCAAGAGAAUAAGUCUACACUAUGUUUGGUGUAAUCAGAGAGAUCUUAAGGGGAUUCGGGACAGAAAGAGUUGGACAGUUAGGCCGGCCCACCUACCUUUAUUCAGAGCUGUGGCUCAAGCUGAGGCCAAGAAGUACAGAAUUUAAAGAGUUAUAAUAAACUUAAACUUAAAGACAUAUGAAGAAGAUUUUUUAUUAGAAAAAGAAGGAGACAUUAGAUCGUUUUUUGAUGAAGCUAAUUCUCCUGGUACCCCAGGAGUAAGAUAUAAUGAUAAAGGCAAAAUUAUUCCAUAUUCAAUUAUUGGACCUGCUUCUUUAUUUGAAAAUCAGCCAAAUGUUCCUAAGUAUUCUCCUCUCCCGUCCUACAGUUUGCCCAGCAGCCCACUAGGGAUUUUUAAAUUUGGCUUUCCUUUAGUCAGAAAGCAGCUGCUUAAAAUAGACCAUGAAAAAAAAUUUAAAGAUCGCUUGCACAAAUAGAUUAGAUUAGAUUAAAAUUAUAGCGGGUCGUAGGAGUUUAUUUCAGCCCCUCGCUAUCCAACGGAUAGCUUCGCAGUGACGCUAACUCCCCCCCCUCCGUGAGUGAACAAAACCAUUAGAAAAAUCCCUAUUUUUUGCCCAAAAACCCACCCUCCGUGAGUCAACAAAAAUUUUUUUAAAUAGAAAAAAUUUUUAUGGAAAAAAUUUUGAUAUAUAAAUGAUAAUUAGUAUAAUGAAAUCUAGAGCUAAUUCUGUUUAAUUUUAAACGAAUUGCUUUUUUUAAAACAUAAAUUUUAUAAAUUAAAUUAAUAUUUGCUUUCAAAUUUUUUGCGAAUUAGAUUUUUUUUAAUUUCGAAAAAAAAAUUGUUUAUAAAAUUUAUAUAUAAAAUUUUUUAAAAAAAAAAAAUUAACCCCCCUCCGUGAGUGAACAAAAUUUUUUUGUUCACUCACGGAGGGGGGGGAGUAAGCUCUAUCCUCACACCACCUUUUUCUCUUCUGACGUCACCAUCGAAGGUCUAACGGAGGAGACACCCUAUCGAACAGAGCAAACGGUCUCAAAACUUCAGCAAAAGACUCCUUUAACCUCUUACAUGCUCAGAAUACGGGGGAAUCGCCUUUUGCCUCCUCCAUGGUCUGUCAGAGCCGUAUCGCAGGCUCGUAAAUACUCCCAUGGAGUGGUAUCGGGACUUUGCGCCGGUAGGGUCAUCUCGUAGGUAAGGAAAAAGGACCAGGGUCAGCCCCUAGGCCAAAAACCCAUCCCAGAGGACCAUCGCCAUGUGGCUCGUCUUUCCUGGGCCACAUCAACUCACGGGUCACCAGGAGUCCACGUCAGAUCACGCCAUUUUAAUAAUGCUUGCACAAAUAGAAGAAGUUAAAAAAAGCAGCAAAGCCAAAGAAAAAGAAACUUUAAAAGCUCUGACUCCCCCCCCCCUUUAAAUUGAAACAAAAAAUUUUGUUUCAAUUUAAAGGGGGGUUAAGAAAAUUUUUUUAUAAAAAAAUUUAUAUAUAAAAAUUUUUUCAGAGAUAAAAUUUUAUAAUUUCAUGAAAAAUUAAUUCAUAAAUUUCUCAAUCUCAAAGUGUAAACUUGCUGAAAUGGUAUUCUUCUAACUCUCCCCAUAACAAUUGGACAAAAUAGAGUUUAAUUUCUAAAUCUUAUAUAUUUGAAGCAUAUUAAAUAGGUUAUUAACGUAUUUUACAUAUAAAAUAAUGAUUUUUACCUAUAAAAUUUUCUAUUAUAAUAAAAUUUUGUUUCAAUUUAAAGGGGGGUAAUUUCCCCAAAAAAGUAGGAAUUUUACCUAUAUUUUGUUUCAAUUUAAAGGGGGGGGGAGUGAGUUUAGAAGAAAAAAUAAAGAUAACUAAAGAGCAGAGAGCUUUAAGGCAAUUUCAAAGAAUGCAAGAAAAAUGAGACCAUAUUGAUGAAGGACUUUGUAAAAGGAUACAAAAACAUAAAGAAGAGCUGCUUCCUACAAGGGCAUGAUAUACGUUAAAAUGGCGGCAUAUGCAGACCUGCCCUCUUGGCGCAAAGGUCUAGACAUUAUGGCCACGGCGAACUGGGACAGAUCCGGGUAGAAACAAGUGCAGCCUCAGGUAAUGUAUAUGGGCAGGUUUUGGCGGCUGAAAAUGGAGGUGCCCGGCAAGGUUCUCUGGACCCAAGGACCCCGAGGCAUUCCUCUAUCGAGAAACCGGGGUUCCGCCAUCAGUUCACAGUGGAGCAAUCUUUUCCUGUAGUUGUCGAAGGAAGGCAUUCGGCAUCCGACAAACUCCAAGGAUCCUUGGGAAACAAGCUGCUCUAAUUGCCCCUAGCAGGACCGCAGCACUCAAGACUGAAGCGGAAAGGCAAGAAGGAGACAGAAGGUGGUAGAAGUGGUACCCGUUUUCGGGGAAAGGCCCUAUGGCUGGAGUUGAAAAUCAGUUGAACCUUCUGUAUGGGAGGUCUUUGGUGACUGUGCUAUCAAUAUGGCUAAUGCCUGACUUUAAAAAGCCUAACCUAAUCCUACAAGGGCUUGCGAAUAUAGAGAAAAAUUAGAAGAGCUUGAUAUUAUUGAUAAAGUUAGGAGCUUAGACAAAUCAAAUAAAUAUCAUUGAUAUAUGUCGUUAAGAGGGGACCCAAGAACAGAUAAACUUGAUGCUAUUGUAAAUGUUGGGAAUUUUAUGACAGGUCUAUAUACAAGAAUAAGGCAAAGGUCUUCUUCUCAGUCAAUUAUUAGGAAACCAGGAACAGUUAAGGCAAAUUCUAACUCCCCUUGAUCGAACCAAUCGCCAUCUUUCGAUCAUGAAUAGGGUAAAAUAUUAUCAGGAAAUGUUUUGUGCUAGCCACAAGAGAUGAAUUAUUCAAUAUAUUAGCAAAAAAGCUGGAAGUCGCUUAAAAGUUAUUAUACAGUAUAAUCUAUAAUACUAAUUACUAUCAAAAAUAGGUGAGGUGGGAUAGAGAGCGGAUUUCAUGCUAAAAUAGUUUGAUUAAGGAUGGUUUUAAUUUUCCCGAUUUUUAGGAAAAUAUUUGCCGUUUAAUCAAGGCCAGGAGUAAGACUUUUCGUGAUGACCCUUAUUUUAAAGAUACAGCGAAAAAUGGAGAAAUUUAUAGCAGCUUAAGCCAGGCGAGAAAUAUAAAAUGCGAAGAGCUUAAUGUUAUUGGGUUAAGUAAAUUGCCAAUGGAAAUUGAUGCAGUUAAAUCAGCAGGCUACGAAAACUUAAAGCUCGAAGCUAUAGAAAAAGGGGACGAAGAAGAAAUCAUUGUCGAAAACUACGCUCCCAGAAUCCGUGCAUUUAGUACAAAAACCACUAUAAAAUAUUAA